AUACAGCGAUGAAUUAUAAAACAGUGUCAUUGAACUGAUUUGCGGUUGGCUAUUAGGGUGGGUACCAGGCACUCUUGAAAUCUAGUAUGUCAACAAACAUAAGACAUCUUUUAUCAAGAUUAGGAAAAGUCUUCACACACAACAGAAUUGGUCUUCAAUCAAAAUUUUCCACAAAAUCAUGUCUAUUAAAUGGUCACAGAGAGGCAACUUCAACUACACAAUUUGAUGAAUCCAUGCUAGAGUUUGUUGUGUGUCCAUUAUCAAAAACUCAAUUAAGGUAUGACAAAGAAAAUAAUGAGCUGGUUUGUGAUGAGAUUCAAGUAGCAUAUCCUAUUAUUAAUGGUAUACCAAAUCUGAUACCUCAAGAUGCCAGAAAGUUAAAAUAGAAAUUACAUCUAAUGGAACAUCUGACACGGGAAAAUCUUAAAUAAAAUAUAUAAACAUA